AUGGAAAACGACAAAGGUGAACUCGUUGAACUCUACAUCCCAAGAAAGUGCUCUGCCACCAACAGAAUCAUCAAGGCUAAGGACCACUCCUCUGUCCAGAUCAACAUUGCCAAUGUUGAUGAGGAAGGUGUUUUGAUUCCUAACGAUGUGACCACCUACGCUUUGUGCGGAUACAUUAGACAGAGAGGUGAGGCCGACGACUCUCUCAACAGACUCGCCCAACAGGACGGUUUGUUGAAGAACGUCUGGACCUACUCCCGUUAA